GAGGGGAAGACCCGAAGGCCCGGCCAAAGGAGGGAGCGCGCGGCCACGGCAGGGAUUAAAGACACACAGGAGUCUUCAUGGAUAUAGUUGAUACAUUUAACCAUUUAAUUCCUACUGAACACUUAGAUGAUGCCCUAUUUCUAGGAUCCACCCUGGAGAAUGAAGUCUGUGAGGAUUUUAGUACAAGUCAAAAUGUCUUAGAGGAUUCGCUGAAGAACAUGCUCAGUGAUAAGGACCCUAUGCUAGGAUCUGCAAGUGCUCAGUUCUGUUUGCCUGUUUUGGAUAGCACUGAUCCCAAUUUCCAGAUGCCUUGUUCAACAGUUGUUGGACUUGAUGAUAUUAUGGAUGAAGGAGUUAAAGAAACUGCCCGCAGUACUAAUGAUGAAGAUGAUUUUUCACCUAACAAGAAUUUGAGGGACCAAAUGGAUGGAACUUCAGUCAAAUCACCUAGAAAAUCUCCACGUUUAAUGACACAAGAACCUGUACGAAGUCUGCGACAGAGCACACUAGCCAAGCGCUCCAGUGCUUUGCCAGCUGCUAACCCCAAGAAGCCGGCUAUAAAGCCUGGAGCUGCCCAAAAGGCAGGGUUGAAACAGCAGGACAAAGGGCUGACCAGGCCAGAAGAUAGCAGUGCACCAGAGCAUCCAAAAGAGGUUGGGCGCACUAGUGAGGAACCCUGCCAGGAAGAGGAGGCAACAGAAGUAUCAUCAGCAUCAAUCAAUUCAGAUUGGGCUACAUGUUGUGCAAAGUCAGAAGAAGUGAAAACGGAUAGUGAACAUAAAAUUCCCAAUCAAGCAAAAAUAGCUGAAGCAUCUCAUGAACAAGAGAAUUCUUCAUACUUCCCAGGAGCCAGUUCUCCAACUAAAGUUGUUGCCAAAAGUGAAUGCGGUAGUGUUGGACCAGGGAUGGCAGCAUCUUCCCAUUCAGAGACUAUUCAGGUACAAAAUAAUCCAACUGAAAAGGAAGGGAAUGAAACUGUGGUUAAGGAAAUCAGUUCUGAAGUUACCCCAAAGGAAAAGACAAAUCAUAAACCUGAGGAAGAGCUGAACAAAUCUAUAACGGAAAGUGAAAGCAACAAAACUGGAAUGGCCGAAACGCCACAUAUUACAACUGGUUGUGAGAAUGCAAGUGAGACUGAGGAAACCCUUUCAGUUCAGACCAGCUUUGUGGAUCGGAAACCUGAUGGUAGCUCAGACUUGCAAGCUAGUGGGGAGGUUGCUCAUCAAAUCAGUUUGCCAGGAGAAGACAAACAAGAGCCUUCAGAUGGCUCUAAAAAAGAUAAGAUGAAAAAUGAUCCUGUAGAUAGCUUGGAACUUGAUCAGACCGAUUCCAAAAGUAGUAAUGCUGUUUCUGUCCAAUCAGUAACUAGUAUGUUAGAAGGUGUUGUUCAAGUCAUUCCAGUCCAAAUGGUACAGCAGCAGAAUGAAAGAGAACAGGUGGGAGAGCAUGAGACCCCUGGGCUGCAGGAAGAUAAGCCUACUAGCACUUCAUCAAAAUGUAUAAAAAAUGUGAAGCCCAAGCAUGCCAAGUGUAAACAAAAUAAAGCUACAGUUGUCCAACAAAAGUUAGCUUCCAUAAACCAAGAGGUGCAUCCUAGUCAAUCUUCAGGAAGUCUGAAACGUAAUGCGGAAAAACAAGGGAAUCUGCAGCAUUUUCAUAAGCCAGCGAAAGUUAAGAAAAAACAUGAAAAUAAGGAUCUGAAAGCCCAGAGCUGUGACUCUGGAAUGGCUCUAAAGAAACAGCCCCCUGGGAAAAAUGUUCCACGGGCCCAAACCACAGCACAAGUACAAAAAAUAUCUACCGAAAGAGCCAUUGACAACAAGUCCGUCGGCCGUCAAGCUGGUUCAAAAGAAGCCCCAUCUUUAAUGACUGGAUCUGUGCAUCCCAAGCAAGGACAGUUGCUACACAACCAGAAACAGCUACAAAAACAUCCAUUCCUGAAAACAAAUAAUUGUGUUAAAGAAGAAGAAGGAGGAGGAGGAGUGAAGAAAGAUUCCAUGGGAAUGCUUAUGGAUCAUUCUAAAGAGGAUGAAAAAGAAAAAUUUAAACUCAGAAAGUUAGAAAAGAGUCUUCAGCCUCGGCAGAGAAGAAGCAGCAGAAGCCUUUCAGUUGAUGAGCCACCUUUAUUCAUUCCAGAUAAUAUUUCUACUAUAAAACGAGAGAGCUCAGACCACCUAUCUCCCAGUGAAAGCAAAUCUCUCUGGGUUCCUAGUAAGCAGUGUGGGUUUUGCAAAAAGCCACAUGGCAACAGGUUCAUGGUGGGCUGUGGUAGAUGUGAUGAUUGGUUUCAUGGCGAUUGUGUUGGAUUGAGUCUUGCUCAGGCCCAACAAAUGGGAGAAGAAGACAAAGAAUAUGUAUGUGUGAAAUGUUGUGCUGAAGAAGACAAAAAACCAGAUGUUCUAGAUCAAAAUGUGCUGGACACCCAAGUAAAACAAGAACCAACUAGAGAAAGUAGAACAAUGGAAUAUGAGAAGCCUGGGAUAUCGAAGCAAACAUCCACAUGCCCACCAAAUAAAACAAAGCUGGGGGAAGACAAUGUGAAGCACAAAGUCAAAAUUUUUAAACGGGAAUCUGGUGAUGGAAGGCCAGUAUCAGAAAGCAAGGAUUCUGACAUGAAAAAGGGGGCUCAAAUUCCUAGUAAGAAAACGGGGCAAAUGCCUACUGUUCCUCAUCAGUCUUCUGAAGAUAAACAGGAAAAAAAUAGCAAAGAUACUCUUAGUGUUUCUUGUUCAAGUGAAAGUUCAACAAAAUCAGGGUUUCAGGAUAGACCAGAAGGAAAGAAAAAGAGAACAGAGAAAGGAGGAACUGCUGGUAUCAUACACCCACCUACUACACCUGCAUCUAAGCCUUCUACUGAUCAGAUAAGACAGAGUGUCAGGCAGUCACUCAGGGAAAUCCUAGAGAAAAGACUUGCUGACUCGACUCUGAAGAUUCCCGAAGAAAGAGCUGCAAAAGUUGCAAGCAGGAUUGAAAAAGAGCUGUUUUCUUUUUUUCGGGAUACUGAUUCCAAGUACAAGAAUAAGUAUAGAAGCUUGAUAUUCAAUCUGAAAGAUCCAAAAAACAAUAUACUAUUUAAAAGAGUACUGAAAGGUGAUGUUACUCCAGACCAUCUCAUAAGAAUGAGCCCAGAAGAAUUGGCUUCCAAAGAACUAGCUGCAUGGAGGAAAAGAGAAAACCAACACACAAUUGAAAUGAUUGAAAAAGAGCAGAGGGAAGUUGAAAGGCGACCAAUAACAAAAAUUACUCAUAAAGGUGAAAUAGAGAUUGAGAGUGAAACUCCAGUAAAAGAGCAAGAAGCAGUCAUGGAACUUCAGGAAUCUGUUCCAGUUAAGGUUGUGGAAAAGACGGAGGAAACUGAAAAAGAUAAAGAAGUUGAUGAAUCUGCCACUCCUGAUACAACAAGUCAGCACAAACAUCAUCUCUUUGAUCUCAACUGUAAAAUUUGCAUAGGUCGAAUGGCACCACCUAGUGAUGACCUUUCCGUGAAAAAAGUGAAAGUGUCUGUUGGAGUUGCCCGUAAACCUUCAGAUAAUGAGGCAGAAAACAUUGCAGAUGCCCUUUCCUCAACAACAAACAUUUUAGCUUCAGAAUUAUUAGAGGAAGACGAAGAAUUACCAAAUCCAGCAAUUGCCUCUGCUUCAACCCCUAGGUCGGAAACACCAGGCACUGUUGAAAGUGAAACACUCUUCCUAGCUCGUCUGAACUUUAUUUGGAAAGGUUUUAUCAACAUGCCGUCUGUUGCAAAGUUUGUUAUCAAAGCUUAUCCAAUCUCUGGUUCUUUUGAAAAUUUAACAGAGGAUUUACCUGAUAGUAUCCAAGUAGGUGGCAGGAUAUCACCUCAGACUGUUUGGGAGUAUGUUGAGAAAAUAAAAGCUUCAGGGACAAAGGAAGUCUGUGUGGUUCGAUUCACCCCUGUGACUGAAGAGGAUCAGAUUCCAUACACCUUGCUGUUUGCGUACUUCAGCAGCCGAAAGCGUUACGGUGUAGCAGCUAAUAACAUGAAGCAAAUCAAGGAUUUAUAUAUUAUCCCUUUAGGUGCCUCUGAUAAAAUUCCACAUCAGCUGGUGCCAUUUGAUGGUCCUGGAAUCGAAGUCCACCGACCCAAUUUGUUGCUGGGGCUGAUCAUUCGCCAGAAGUUAAAAAGACAGAUAAAUGCAGCUGGUAAUGCUAGCACAAGUCAUGCUGAAGAAAGUCUUGAAGGCGGCUCCAUGAGUUUGCCACCAGAAAAGAAAAACAAACUAAGCAAACCCGAAGUGCUUCAUUCAGAAGCAGUGGAAAAGGAGGAGGAAAAUGACUUUUUUAACUCCUUCACAGCUGUGUUGCACAAGCAAAGGCUUAAGUCUCAGCAGUCUAAUUCAGAAGAAGUAACCACCAAUGAACCUUCUGUGGAGACCAUAAAACAUGAGCCGACAAAACCCCUGCGGUUCCUUCCUGGAGUUUUGGUUGGAUGGGAAAAUCAGCCAUCGACUCUGGAGUUAGUAAGUAAACCAUUGCCUGUAGAUGAUAUUCUUCAAAGUCUUCUGGGUACAACAGGGCCGAUGCCUGAACAUAUUCAGUCAACAGCAGACCAUACUGCUAAUGAAAACCUGCCUGAAAAACAGGCAAAUAUAAGAGAAGAAAAAAUGGACAUUUCUGUAGUAACUGCUGGAGUUGAAGAAACUAAAGAUAACCAGGGCAUUUCACAAGAAUCCACAGAUAAUAUAUCAGCAGCUGAUACACCGGUUGCAGAUGUCUCAUGCUCUUCAGGAAAUCUGACUAGCCUAAGUCUUAAGGGGAAACCACCAGAUGUUUCUACAGAAGCAUUUUUAGCAAACUUAGCUAUUCUGUCACAGAACAAAGAAACCAAAGAGGCUGCUGAAAGCAAUGUUAUGUUGGGAGAUGAAGAUAAUGUUUCUCAGGAAAAUAAAAGGACCACCAAUUGUCCUGUCUCACCCAGCUUGGGAAAAGCAGUUGGGAGCAGUAAUGAUGCUAUGGCAUCUGUUGAUACUGUGGGUGUUAAUAGUGCAAAAUCUCCACUGUUCAUUAAUCUUAAAAGGGAUCCAAGACAAGCAGCAGGACGAAGCCAACAGAACAAUGCUUCAGAAGGUGAAGGCGACGGUGUUAGAAAUGAAGACAUACAAAAUAACCAACAACUGGACACUUCAGAAAUGGAAGAGACAAAAGUGAAUAAUAAACAGUCUUCAGGAAAUGACCUAGACUUAGAUGAGAGCAGUAAUCAAGCAUGCAAGAUGACAACAACUUCAGCUGUAACUCAAGCAGAUGGUGUCUGUUCCUCCCAGCUGGAAGAUACAAAUCAGUCCCCUGAAAAAGCACUGAUGCAAAACAUUGAGACAGUACAGUCAGUUAGAAGAGGCCUAUUGCCACCUCCACCACCACCAUCAUCGUCAUCUUCAGCAUCAUCAUCAUCAUCAUUAUCUCAGUUUGAAACUGAAAAUUCCUGCCAUGCUGAGUUCAGUAGCAAAAUAGGUAGUCCUGUUACAAGUGGAAACUUCUCACCAAUAAGGACUCAGCAGCCCAAUUUUCAGCACACGAAAACUAUUCCACACACUUUUCAGUUUCAAGCGGCUGUUUCUCCCAGCUUUCCUCCGCAAAACAAUCCUGUGUUUGGGUUUCCUCCCCAUCUGCCCCCUCCACUCCUUCCUCCUCCAGGCUUUGGCUUUGCUCAGACCCCUCUGCUCCCUUGGUCCCCUGUGAUGCAUCUAACAGGUCAGCCCCCACGCUUUGUUGGACCAGUUCCACCAGUUCCACCACUGGCUCACAAACAGUCAAGAUUCUCAGGGCCAGAGCACUUUUAUCAGGGCAGAGACAACAGGAGACCAGAGAGGCGUCAUAGUGACCCUUGGGGCAGACAAGGUCCGCAUUUGGAGAGAACCUUCAGUAGGAGGAAAAACGACCAGCAUAGGCAAAGAUUUUACAGCGAUUCUCACCACCAGAAAAAGGGGAGGCACGGCUGGGAGCCAGAUUCUGACAGGAACAUACCUAGAGAUAAAACCCAGGAUAAAGAAAGAGACAGAAAAAGCAGGGAGGAGGGGCAUCGGGACAAAGAGAGGUCACGACUUUCACACAGUGAUAAGGACUCUGAAGGCAAAUCCUCGAGAGAAAGUAGAAAUCCUGAAAAGAAGGAUGCUCCUAAAAGUGAAGAGUGGGCUCACGAGAAGGAGAAAGAGAGAGAGAAAAGUAGGGAGAGGCAUAGAGAGCGAGAAAGCGAAAAGAACCGAGAUAGGCAUCACAAAGACAGGGACCACAGUGACCGAAGUAAAAGCAAAAGGUAAAAGCCACAACGUUCACAGGCUGUCUUCUAAAGUUUUAAAUAAACAAAAGAAUCUGUGUUCAAUACGUCCUCAAACUCUGUAAAAUAUGUCUGGGUAUAAUUGUGCCAUCAUUUUUUCUUU